UGAACAGGGUUGGCCAAGUCACAGCGAUCUCUACUGCGUGUGAGUACGGCAAUGUCAGAUGCGUGAACAACGCCACUAUGAUGUUUGAUCAGUGGAUUAACACCAACAACAAUAGUCACAUCCCUGAGAGGCUGAAGUCCACGGUGUACUGCACGGCCAUUAAACAUGGCGGCAGUCGGGAGUGGGAUUUCGCCUGGCAGCAGUACUUGACAGCCGGAGCCUCUGAACAGACUCUCCUGCUGCCUGCCCUGGCCUGUACUCAGGACACCGAUAUAUUACAAACGUUCUUGGAGAGAAGUAAGGACGACGGCCUGGUGAGGAAACACUCCGCCCCGCUGGUGGUGAGGUACGUCGGGGGGAACAGUGUCGGCAAGUCGGUGGCCUGGAGCUUCCUCAGGGACAACUGGGACUUCUACUUCGACAACUAUGACGACCAAGCCUUCACGAUGACGGGUGUUGUGGAGGACGUCACCAGGCAGUUCAGCACACAGGAGGAUCUGGAGCAGCUGGAGACAUUCCUGGCGGCCCAUCCUAAUCAGGGCACGGCUACCCAGGCCUUCUCCCAGGCCGUAGGGAACACACAGGCCAACAUACGGUGGCGCCGGAACAACGAGGACAAGCUCCGGGCGUGGCUACAGACACAGGGCUGA